CCGGCUUCCGCCCGCGGCUCCUGAGGGCUUGGCCCAGGGAUCGCGGACGGGCCGGGAGUGAGCCCUGGCAGUCCUGUGGCGCGCCGAUUAAGGAAAACCUAUAUCCUGCUUCUUUCUGUAAGCAGCAUCUAGUUGUGCAGGAGAUCAGUCAUGCAGCCGCCGCCGCAGGCAGCCCCGUCGGGCAUGGUUGGGCCACCUCCAGCUGGGACUCCUCAGAGCAUGUUCUGGUCCAACAGACCGUACAGGAGACAGGCAAAUAAUAAUGCACCCGGAACUCCGAUCACCUGCCCGCUGCAGCCCGUGACGGAUCCGUUUGCUUUUAGUAGACAGGCGCUACAAAGUACAUCGUUGGGCAGUUUGUCCAAAAGCAGCCCACCCCUUCCGCAAGGCCCGGCCCCACCAGCGUUCCUUCAGCACCCUGGUCUGCCUGCAGCUCACACGAAUACCGGGGAUACCCCCCAAGGACCAAUGUCGCAGCCCAGAGCAGAUGGCAGUCUGUUUUCCAGCGUGCUGACCCCUUUGGCACCAUCGGAUCCCGAGGGGAACAAGAGUGCCGCGGUGGCUCCCAGCUCAGAACCUGAAGCUCAGACUCUGCCACAUCCUCAGUACGUUCCAGGAGCGGGUGCAGACAGUCCUCACGGGGGCCAUCCACACAUGAACACGCUUGGGCCCGAUAGGCCCCUGAGUAGGCAGAGCCCACACGACAGUGCCACGGCAUCAGCACCAUCUCCGUUCUUCCCUCAGCCUCGUCAGCAAAUGCCAGGGCACUGGGGAGCAGGGCAGGGAGGCGCACAACCCUCAGGUCAACAUUAUUGGCCCCGCCCGGAAGGACCUGUUCAGAGUGCGCUGCCCCACGCCUCCAGCGUUUCUCACUUCCCUGCUCCGUCUACCCUGCAUCAUGGUCCCAGCCACGAGCAGCUCAACCCGCUGGUGUCUUUGCCAGGACCCUUAGCCAGUGAUGGAAGCAACGAGGCGGCCUGCCUGCAAAGUGGAAACCGUUCAGCAAAUAACUUUGAUCCUGAAAAUGUGUUCAGGCAAAAUUCUAAAGCUGGGAAUAUUCGGGCAAGCCAGGAGCUCAGGCCAAAUCCAGGAGUGAACAAAGAGCAGUUGCCGGACCUUGCUCUCAGUAAUCCCCUCACUCAGGGUAAUAGCCCAGAAAGCCAUUUGCACUGCCCCCCAGGGGCCGGGACCAGUCAAGCCUUGUCAGAAGCAGACUCCGGGGCGCUCUCCAUGUUUUUCCAAGGAGGGGAGGCAGAAAAUGAGGAGAACCUCUCAUCCGAAAACACCGGCUCUGCUGGUCGGUCUGACUUCGGUGGCUUCUCCCCCAGCCUCGCACUUGGUCACCCUCCUGCACACAUGGGAGCAGGCGGCAUCUACCAGGCCUUUCCCAGAGGUUCCAACAGCGAGGCCACGCAGCAGCGAGGACACCCGCAACCUUACUUUUAUCAGACCGCAGGCGCCCCGCCUGACCACCCCACCGCGGCAAGUGCUCCCGUGACCGCGUGGGGUGGCACACCCGGCGCAGGGGUGCACGCGGCCAGCAGCUCGCAGUCUGAGAACGUGGAAGACCUUGAAUUCAUUCAGAAUCAGGAAGUUCUGCCAAGUGAGCCUCAGAGUUUGGACCUUUCCUCCCCCAGCGAUCAGGUCAGAUAUGGGCCCCUGCCCGGGCCAGCAGUUCCCAGGCUCGGCGUUGUGGGCCACUCUGGGGGUGGGGGCCCAAAUCUCGAGGCCCCAGAUUCAGCGCCGCACCCCGUGCGGUCUGAUAGUGUGUCAUCCGGUUACAGCGGCAAGAGCCACAGGAAUCUCCCCAGUGUAGCCAGGCCCCAAGAUGUAGGCACUUUCAUUCAGCAGGAAGUUGGAAAACCUGAAGAUGAGUCUCCAGGGAGUUUUUUUAAGCAAAUUGAUUCUUCUCCCGUGGGAGGAGAGACAGACGAGACCACUGUGAACCAGAGUCACCACGGCAGCCUGUCCCAGCCCUCAACCCCAAGUCCCCCAAAACCCACUGGAAUAUUUCAGACAAGUGCAAAUAGUUCUUUUGAACCAGUGAAAUCCCACUUAGUUGGAGUCAAACCCAUCGAGGCCGAUCGCGCCAACAUGGUGGGUGAGGUGAGAGGGGCCAUUGCCCACCAGAAGCAGCGCAGACCCGCUGCUGCCCCGCCUGACACCUCCCCCGGCAACCUGGAGCAGCCCCCGGACAACAUGGAGACCCUGUUCAUGCUCCAGGCCUGUUCUACCCCCUUUUCUGUACCUGCGGAGCCGGGGCACGGGCUCGUGCACACCGGGGGACCACCCCUGGAAAUUCUGCCCCUGGCAGCCGAGAAAAGGCCUUUGGCCAGAAGCCAGGGGGUUGUGAAGUGUGAGAGCCCAGUGACGACGUUGUGGGCGCAGAACGAGUUGCCAGAUUUUGGAGGCAACGUCCUUCUAGCUCCAGCUGCUCCUGCGCUGCACGUGCCUGUGAAACCGCAGCCGUCGGAAGUGAUUCAGCCUCCGGAUGAGGGCGUGUCCGCUCCGCAGUCCCGGCAGCCAGGCUCCGGCCUUCUGCAGAGUGGGGACAGCACUGGUGCUUCUGAGAACCUCGAGAACCCUCCCAAGAUGGGAGAAGAGGAGGCCCUCCCAUCCCAGGCAAGUUCUGGCUAUGCCAGUCUCUUAUCCUCGCCACCCACUGAAUCUUUGCAGAACCCACCAGUCUUGAUUGCCCAGCCCGAUCGAAGCUAUAAUUUGGCUCAGCCCAUUAAUUUUUCUGUGUCCUUACCGAGUCCUAAUGAGAAGAAUCAGCCCUGGAGAGAUGCUUUGGUCGGGGAUAAACCCUCAGCAAGCAGCUGGGCUCUGGGGGGGGACUCUGGAGACAGCGCCCCUAUGUCUGGGAACACAGCCGGCCCUCUCACCCGCUCGCCUUUGCCUAACAAUUUUGCGCACAGUGGUUUUCCACAAGUUCCUGGUACUUCAGAAAUAGUUUCUAAUCAACCUGCUACUUCGCUGGUUCAGCCACCACCUCAUCCAGUUCCAAAGAACUUGGUUUCAGAAAGCCAAAAUACUGACAACGCAGAGAACGGUCUUCCCGAGUUGGUUAGUGGCCCUGCUGGAAGCACAGGCGUGACGUUGGUGCCGCCUGCGAACACUGCCACGGCACCCGCUGGUCAUAAGGCAGAUCGCUCCAGUCAUCGAGAAGAAACUUCUGGAGCCCUAGACUUCACACUCAGUAGGACUUUGGAAAGUCCUCUAAGAGUGUAUAGCCCACCCCGUUCUGACGGCUCCGCGUGUCAGCACGCCGCCAGCAGUCAUCCGAGGCCACCUGGGCCAGGGCCACAUAACUCAGACCAUUUCUACCAACAGGUGAUGAAAGACACUCAGGACCAGCGUGGCCUCGAGAGAGCCCAGCAGGAGCCAGCACCGCCUCCUCCACAAGGGCCCAAACCUACAUGUUCAGAACCUUCAGACCCAGGAAGUCCACCUGUGCAGGGACAGCCCCAAAACUCGGUCCCACCACCCCCAAGUCCAGCUCCGGCUGACACAGGUCAGCCGCUGCCACCCCGGCCGCCUCGGUCCUCCAGCGCAUCGGCCGUGUCCGCCAGCUCGAGCCAGGCAGCCGUGCGGUCAGACCAGCACUGGCUACAGCCGCCUGCUCCAGACUUGGCGUCUUACUACUAUUACAGACCGCUGUACGAUGGCUACCAGUCCCCUUACCCCUCACCGUACCCGCUGGAGCCUGGCGCGGCCCCCCUCUAUUACCAGCAGGACGUCUACGGCCUGUAUGAGCCCAGGUACAGGUCCUACGACAGCACGGCGUCUGCCUACGCUGAGAACUACCGCUACUCCGAGCCUGAGCGACCCAGCUCCCGAGCAAGUCACUGCUCAGACCGGCCGCCUGCCAGGCAAGAGUACCCCGAAGGUUACUACGCCUCCAAAAGCGGAUGGAGCAGCCAGAGUGACCACUAUGCGGACUACUACUCCGGCCAGUAUGAGUAUGCAGACCCAGGUCGCUGGGACCGGUACCACUAUGGUUCCAGAUUCAGGGAUCCCCGCACCUGUGACCGGAGGUAUUGGUAUGACGCUGGAUACGAUGCGUACAGGAAAGAGAGCUAUGCUUACGGCGACAGCAGGUCCGAGAGGUACGAUGACCCCUGGAGGUACGACCCUCGCUUCACGGGCAGUUUUGACGACGACCCCGAGCCCCACAGGGAUCCUUACGGGGAAGAGGCGGACAGGCACAGUGUGCACAGCGAGCGCUCAGCCCAGAGUCUGCGCAGUAGCUUCAGCUCCCACUCGCAUCAGAGUCAGAUUUACAGAAAUCACAGUGUGGCUGCCGUUCCCUAUGAGGCCCCGCCUCCUCCCGGCUCCUUGCCUGGCGGUUAUGCCUACAGCACCUAUGGCAGUAAUUUUGGCAGUGGCCAGGGCUUCCCGGAGUACAGCUACGCUGCCGAAGUGGGCUGGCCCACCACGGAGCAAGCUCCGUCGAGACCAACUUCUCCGGAGAAGUUCUCAGUGCCUCACGUCUGUGCCAGGUUCGGGCCCGGGGGUCAGCUCAUCAAAGUGAUCCCAAAUCUGCCCUCGGAAGGACAGCCUGCACUGGUUGAAAUUCACAGCAUGGAGACCUUGCUGCAGCACACGCCGGAGCAGGAGGAGCUGCGCUCGUUCCCGGGCCCGCUCGGCAAGGAUGACACCCAUAAAGCGGAUGUUAUUAAUUUCGCACAGAGCAAAGCUACAAACUGUUUGCAGAACCAGAGUUUAAUUGACAAAGAGUCUGCGAGUCUCCUUUGGAAUUUCAUUGUUCUCUUGUGCAGACAGAACGGGACCGUGGUGGGAACAGACCUCGCCGAGCUUUUGUUACGAGACCACAAAACCGUGUGGCUUCCCGGAAAGUCACCCAACGAGGCCAACCUGAUUGAUUUUACUAACGAGGCUGUGGAGCAGGUAGAGGAGGAGGAGUCCGGGGAGGCCCAGCUCUCGUUCCUCACUGACAACCAGGCUGCCGGCAGCAACACCCUCGAGAAGGAGACGGAGAGGUUCCGGGAGCUGCUGCUGUACGGCCGCAAGAAAGAUGCUUUAGAGUCUGCGAUGAAAAACGCCUUAUGGGGUCACGCUCUGCUGCUUGCAAGUAAGAUGGACAGCCGGACACACGCCCGCGUUAUGACCAGGUUCGCCAACAGUCUUCCAAUCAAUGACCCUUUGCAGACAGUGUACCAGCUGAUGUCAGGGCGGAUGCCUGCUGCGUCCACGUGUUGUGGAGACGAGAAGUGGGGUGAUUGGAGGCCUCAUCUUGCUAUGGUUUUGUCCAAUCUGAGCAGCAACGUGGAUGUGGAGUCCAGGGCGAUGGCCACCAUGGGCGACACUCUGGCUUCCAAAGGUCUCUUAGAUGCCGCGCACUUCUGCUACCUCAUGGCCCAGAUCGAAUUGGGGGUUUACACAAAGAAAACCACAAAACUUGUCUUAAUUGGAUCGAACCACAGUUUGCCAUUUUUAAAGUUUGCAACCAAUGAAGCUAUUCAGAGGACAGAAGCCUAUGAGUACGCCCAGUCUCUCGGGGCGCAGACCUGCUCCUUCCCCAAUUUCCAGGUGUUCAAGUUCAUCUACUCCUGCCGCCUGGCUGAAAUGGGGCUGGCCACGCAGGCCUUCCACUACUGCGAGGUGAUCGCCAAGAGCGUCCUGCUGCAGCCGCACAAGCACUCGCCCGUGCUCAUCAGCCAGCUGGUUCAGAUCGCGUCCCAGCUGCGGCUCUUCGACCCGCAGCUCCGAGAGCAGCCCGAGCAGGAGGCCUUCGUGGAGCCGGCCUGGUUGGCGCAGCUGCAGCGCGUGGACAGGCAGCUCAAGGAGGGCGCCGCGGUGUGGAGUCGGGACGGGACCUUCCCCCAGCGCUGUCCCAGCACCCCGAGCUCUGAGGUGGGCCCGUGUGAUGGGCCGGCACUCGGCCCGCCGGGGGGCCCGGGCGCCGGCAAUCCGCUGCUGGUGCCGCCUGUGCCCAGCGCUGAGCACCUCGGCCAGGGGGUGCGGCUGCUGCCUUCAGCUCCGCCGACGAUCCCCGACAGCCAGCCGGCCCUCCCCGCCAGGGUGCCGUUGUUCCCGGUGCCCCCAGCCACGGGCCCCCUUGAGCUGGGGCCCGGCUGUGGACCCCCGGCUGCCUUUGGCUUUCCAGAGCCCUCUGGGCGUGAGCCUGCAGCUCUGUACACGGGGCCUGGCCUGCCCCCUUGUGCACCGUCUCUGCAGGAAAGUGAGCACGCGCCCCGGGAGGCCGGGAGCCAGGACCCAGGGGCGAUGCUACCGGAGGCACUGGGUAGGAGCUCACUUCUGGAGCUGAGAGAAGAGGGUUUCGGUGGAAAAUUUACUAACCUGGGCUCCUCCGGCGUGCCCCAGGACUCCGAGGCACCCCCGGCGGGGGAGGGUGCCAGCUCCAGUGCUCUGCAGCCACCGACGUCUGCUCCAGAAGUGAAGAGACCUGCACCGGCAAACAGGAAAGACACCAGGGAGCCCAAGAAGAGCGGCGAGUCCUGGUUCUCCCGCUGGCUGACUGGGAAAAGGAGGACAGAAGCUUACCUGCCGGACGACAAGAACAAAUCGAUCGUCUGGGAUGAAAAGAAGAACCGGUGGGUGGACGUAAACGAGCCAGAGGAGGAGAGGAAGGCUCCGCCGCCCCCACCCAUCUCGCUCCCCAAGGCUCCGCUCGCUGCGCCCCCUGGUCCUGGAGGGCCCCCGAGGGCCUCUGUGAAUAUGUUCUCUAGGAAAGCAGCUGGAGCCAGAGCGCGCUACGUGGACGUGUUGAACCCCGGGGGGCCCCAGCGGAGCGAGCCGGCGCUGGCUCCUGCAGAGCUUUUCGCCCCCCUGGCCCCGCUCCCGAUGCCUGCACACGUAUUCGGGCCGAGUCCAGAUGCAGAGGAAGUCCCACCUGCAGCGGGGGCCGGCAGGGAAGGGCAGGCGCCUGCGGGCAGUCCAGCCAACGCAGAGCUGGCCUCGGAGCCCCAGGCGUUCAGCUCUGCCGCUUCGCUGGCUGGCCCUGAGCUCCCACCCGCGGGCGAGGACGGCUCCCGCAGAGGAGAGGCUCCCAGCGACCACCCCGGGGCAGCCGCGCCGUUCUACAGCCCCACUCAGUUUGCACAGGCCUCGGCCCCCUCCGGAGGCUCCAGGAUGGGGAGGAUUGGCCAGAGGAAGUACCCAGCAUUGAGCUAGAAGAGUCCUCACCCUGGAGUAGCAUCUGGAACCCUGAAGCCAUCAUUCUGCUCCAGCAAGAACUCAGAUGGAUCGCCUGCACCGUCCCCGCGUCCCCGAAUGGGCACGCAGUGAUGCCACGUGAUCGAACCUGUACUUCCACCGCCGUCUGUGAAGGGUGGCCCGAGGCAGGUGUGCAGCCCCUGGAAGGCGCUGGCUGGAGCGGGCGCUCUUGGCUCCUCCGUUCCCCAACAGUGAUUUAAGGGUAAAACUGUCUGUCCUGGAAGAGCGUCGUGCCGGGUGAGGCUGGAGACGUCUUUGCUGCAAGAAGGAUCUCGCUCUUGAGGAACCCAGGUGUCUCUGCAAACCUAACCGUGCUUCCCUGCCCCCCAACCCCCACGGGGUCCUUUAAAAUGCUGAGUGAAGAGCAAGCCUUGGACCCAGGAGAGGCCCCACCGCCUUCCUGGCGGCCGCGGGAGGUCCUUUCUGCAUCAAAGUCCCCGAGGAGCUGUGGGCUCGGUGGCAAGAAUUCGGUUAGUUUUCGAGAGAGGCCCAAGUCCCCGAAGCGCAUCUCCGGGCGGCAAAGACGUUUCCAGCUUCUCUGGUGCCCCGUGCGAGCCAGGGGCCCGGCUUUGCCCGUCCACGAGGGGCGGCCCUGCGGCUGUGCCCCCCGCGGACUGGCCCCCAUCGGUCCACCUUACUGAAACUGUCACUGUGACAAGUUGGAUGGGGCUUUCUCCAGUCUGUGACGAGCCUGACUAGACACCUCGAGGGGCCACAGUGCCCUCUGUGUCGCCGUCGGCACUGUGCUCUGUCCUGACUGGUCUUCACGGUGCCGUCCAGUUGCCUUGCUUUCUCUCACCUGGUUGCCGUCCUCUCAGGGUGGUGACAUCUGGAAGAGAGGGCGGAACGGACUGUUGACACACACUCUGAGUCCGAGGCUCUGUUCUUCCCGCACCAGAUCCGCAGGUAGCGUGCGGCCCGCCAGCCGCGCGAAACCACUGAGGGGACCCUACCCCCCGGACUCCGAGCUUUACGGCUUCAUCGACUGUUCAGAAAAUUCCUCUCUCGUUCUUGUUAGGUCUGAAGAGACUACAGAAAAGAUUUAAGUAUUUAUAAGAAUCAUUAGAAAAUAAUUUCUGUAGGUUCCCCCGGGGAGCGUAGUUUGCUUGGGGUCUUAAAUCUAAAUGCAGAAAUGGUCUAACUGUGGAAUCCGUGCAGGCCUCCUGUUUCCCCCUGGCCCUGGGUCAUCUCGGAAGGGCCACGGAAGUUGUCCCAUGGUGUCGCCCACACGCACGUCUGGGUGCAUUUGUUCACUUGGAGAGAGGCUGGGACUGAUUGACGGGGCAGCAGCCUCUUGUGUCCCUUGGUCUGCGCUCAGGGGGUUCCUGGGACCCCAGACCCUCCUGGCACCAUGCCCCUGGCUUCCUCUGCCUGCCCGCAGCGGCCGCCAGCGACUUUUGAUUCAAGAAGCUCCCUGCGAGGCCAGGCGGGAGCUGCUAUUUUUCCUAAAUGCAAAUUGUUACACUGCAAAUUGGUAAAUAAAGUAUUUUGCGCUCGCAA